UAUUUGUUCUCAUCUCAGUUGAUUAAAAAGUAAGUUAGUUUAAAGUAAAAAAGAUGUUGUUUUCGAGAUUGGGUCUGCUGAGGACGAGAGGCACCAUGUCCGUCGUUCGUCAGUUUCACAUCGACCAACAAGGCAGACCGGGAGCGAAUUUGCCUUUUGACAUCCACAACAGAAAGAAACUGUUGGCUCUCAUGAUCGUCUUUUUCGGCUCUGGAUUUGGAGCACCUUUCUUCCUUCUGAGACACCAGCUCCUGAAGGAUUAAAAAUUUAAACUAAAGAUUAACUUUCCUAGUUUUUUUAGUUAGUUCAGUUCAAUCUUAAUUCUUAAUGGUUCAUUCAAGUCAAGUUCACCUAUCAGCUCAACACCAAAAGCCAAUACUUUCACUGUUGAGUUGAAACAAGAAACUUAAAAUAAAAAUAUCUAGUUUUCUUUAUUGCAUUAUUUGUUCUAUGUGUUUUUAAUUUAAUUUUUAUAUUAAUUUUAUCUACCUAAAUAAAGUCAAAUUGUCUACUUUACUCUGAUGUCAACUAGUCUAACUCCAAGAUCAGCCUACUGACUGACAAGCCUACUACUGUACUAUGAUAAUGUGUAGCAUUGUUUAACUCUCAAUUUUCAAGAAAACAUUUCAUCCAUUUACUUGUACAGUACGGUGUACACCAGAAUUUUUUUUAAAUGUCAAAUUCAAAUUGAAGAUGUUUUAUCUGCAGUUACAAGCUCUCCUAACCUAAUUUGAUUCUAAUUUAGUUGAAAGCUUAAAUUAUAUUAAGUUUGUUAUGGUUAACCAUUAAUUAAGCAAAUGUUAAUUUUAAUCUUAACUUAGUUUAAAAGUUUUAAACUAACAAUGUUAGUUUAAACAUAAUUUUUUACUAUUGUAAGUAUGAAUGAACUUUUCUAGGUGUAAAGUUUCAAGAGUUUGAUUCUUAUUUUUAAAUUAUUUAAUAAUAGUAGAAACUCAAUAAGUUGAAAUAUUUUAAUUAAUAAAAAUUGUUCCACUAUAUCUGAUUUUUAAUUAUUAUAACGAUUAAUGUAGAAACAAUAAAAAUAGUUACUACUUUUAAAUUUUUACCAAGCCUAGAAUGAACUUGCUAGCUGACUCACUCCAUCUCUGUUUCUAAUUUAUGUUUCCAUGUAACAUUAAGUUACAAUUUUAGCACAUUAUUCAUUAGUAAAAUAAUCUCUUCAAAAUUAUUUAACCAAUUCACACAUUAAUUAUUAGGACACCUCAUUUAAACUAUCAUUAUUAUUAUUUAUGUUGUAUUUGAUCUAUGCCAUUGCAUUACCAUGCUGUAUUUUAUGACAAUUUAUUAUAUUGAUUUUAUUAUAUAUUAUUAAAUUAUGUUUGGUUUAUAUUAUUGUAAUAAAUGUUAUAAUUUUCAGGUGUCG